AUGGAGGCACAGAACGAGGAGCUAAAAGAAACAUAUAAAACAAUUGAAAAGAUUAUUGAGGGAGCUGGUGAUGAAAUAAUAAUUAAAGCUAAAGAAAACUUUGAAAAUGAUACAAGCGCUUAUAGUUUAUGUGAUAAUUACAAAAGUAGAAGAACUAAAAAUGUUGUAAUACAUAUGUUUAAUAAAAAUAUUAACAUAUUGUAUUAUAAAGAAGGAUAUAGAAAUAUUAUAUUUAUUAACUUCUUAAGGUUAUGCCAAUUAAAUAAUUUGGAUGUAAAACAAUAUCAUGACCUAUUUUUAAAAUAUGAUAUUUUUUCCUCAAUUGUAGAUAAGGAAAAAUAUGUAAAUAUUUUUUUAAAACCAAUUAUAAAUAACGACAAAUUGCUGUGGGAUGUUAAUAUAGAAGAUUUCGCACUGUAUAAUUUGCCAUCAUAUAGCUUAAGUAAUGGAAACCAGGAGAACAAUGAUCUUAGUAUAUAUGACGAGAAUAAUAGAAAUGGCUUUCUUUUGGAAGAGGAAUUAAAAGUAAAACUCAACGAUCUUGUAGAAAAUUCUUCUGAUAGUGACAUAUCCCCUUUUAUUGAAGAGGAAAAUUCUAUUUCAUCUUUUUAUUCAGAUAGUUCUGAAUCGUUAAGGGAUGACCAUACUGUUGUUAAUCAAAAUAUAGAAUGGGCAAAGGAAGAUAAUAAAGAAGAGAUUAAAUCAUUAGGAACAUAUUUAGAAAAUAGCAAUUCUACUAGUACUAUAAGGGACUUAUCAACUCAUUCAGAAGAUAAAAUAAAUAAUAGGAAAGAUAACACCCUACUUUUGGAUGCCGCUUCAUACAGUGGUCAUCAAGAGGACAUAAUAACGAAUAAAAAUUUUGCUGUCAUAACAAAUAAAAGAAGUGUGAAUAAAAUUCAAAAUAUUCAAAAAGAUAUUUUUCUAAAAUUGAGUAAUAUUAAUUUAAACUCUUUAAUAGAUACAAUUGUAGCUCAGAGCAAAAACAAUAAAAACAAUAGACCCAUUAAUACGGGAACAAUGAUGAAAAAUUUGGACGAGAUGUUAAUAGAAAAAUUUGUGAAUACGUUCGAAAAGGAACAUGAGCAGCUAAACAAUUUACACAAAAAAAUAUAUAGCAUGGAACAAGUUAUUAAAUAUUUGAUGAGUGAAAUUGCAAAAAUUGAUAUGGGCAAAAAAAAAGGAAAUGGAAAAAAAGUGUCGCAUACCAGCAUCCAAGAUAGCAAAGAAGUGAAUCAAGAAGCAGAAAUAAAAGAAACACAGGAAGCAGAAGUUACAGCAGAUAUAUCAGACUCAUCUGAUGCAUCUCGUGAAGAAGAGGUAAGACGGAAGAGGGGAGGUCACUCCACGUGCAGUGAAACUAAGAAAGAGAUAAAAAAACAAAUUAACUCUAAAAUCAACAAAAGAGGCGCGUUAACAGAUUUGGACAAAACUUAUUUCGACAGUUAUAACUACACCGAAAUACACAGAACUAUGAUUUUAGAUAGGAGUAGAACGAAUUGCUAUUAUGAAUUUAUAAAUAAGAAUAAACAAUUAUUUGAAAAUAAAAUAGUGUUAGAUAUAGGGUGUGGAUCCUCUAUAAUUUCUUUAUUCUGUUCUGACUAUGCUAAGGUUGUUGUAGGAAUUGAUAAUGCGGAAAAAAUAUUAAGCAAAGCAAAAAAGAUAGUAGAAAAAAAUGAGGCAAAGAAUAUUUAUUUAUUUCAAGGUAAAUUAGAAGAUAAUGAUAUAUAUAUAGAUGAAAAGGAAAAGAUAUAUUAUGUAAGCAAAAAGGAUGACAUAGAACAUUUUCAAAAAAUUCAUAAUAUUGCACAACUGAAAAUUUUAAAAUUUGAUAUUAUUAUAUCCGAAUGGAUGGGUUAUUUUUUAUUUUAUGAAUGUAUGAUAAAUACUAUUUUAUAUGCUAGAGAUAUCUAUUUAAAAGAAGAUGGAUAUAUAUUUCCAAAUAAAAUAUACCUCUAUGUAGCAGGAUAUAAUGACUUAGAAUAUUUAAAUGAAAAUCUUUUAGUAUGGGAUAAACCCAUGUACAAUAAAGACUUGUCUGAUUUAAAGCCUAUUUGUGAGGAAUUUAUGAAAAAUGCAAAAAUUAUAAAUCUUGAUAAGAAUAAAAUAUCAACUGAAAUAGUAAAUUAUGCAAUUAUUAAUAUGUAUACGUAUAAUAAAACAGAAAAUUUGUAUAUAAAUACCAAUUUUGAUAUUCCCAUAUAUAAAGAUAAGAUUGUAACUAGCUUGUGUUUUUAUUUUGACUGUGUUUUUGAAACAUCUACAUUUAAGCAAAAUGUUUUAAACGAAUACAAUGAGCAUUGUAUUUACCUUUUGAAUGAUACAAACGAUAACAUUUUAACAACAAGUGUGUUCAGUGCAAAAACACAUUGGAAGCAGGUACUUUUACAUUUAUAUUGUUCUAAUUACAAUAUUGCCAAAAUUUCAUCUGUGAAUAGCGAGAAGACAAAUUAUUUAAGUGGUACUAUUUACAUAUCACAGGCAAAUAAUACUUCAAGAAAUGUGGAUGUUCUAUUGCAAAUAAAAAAAAACAAGCUCAUAAAUGUGAACGAAGAAUGGACAUGUUAUUACACAAUAGAAUGA